AUGCCUCAAAGGGACAUGGCGCGAAACACAUUUGAUCCCUCUAUCCCCCUCGCCUCUCACGGGGGAUCAGGCCCGGCAGGUGGGGAACAGGGGCAUUGUUUGGAUGGUGAGUCGGCGAGGACAUUACGCGGCGGUGGGCAGAAUGCAGGCGACCCGAUAGAGAAGCAUCAACUCUCGUUGUUUUUCCUGAGACGUUACCCGCAGGAUGAGGCCUCCAGCAGGUCUCAGGAGAGAGGAUGCUCCAUGACUUUCACACCUUCCACCUCAAGGUAG